AUGUGCCACUUUCAGGUCUCCUCACACUGCUGCUGGGUUUCAUUUUGUCAUAGGGUGCUGGCAGAUUACGGGCCUCCCAUUGCUGCUGCCAGGCCCCUAAUCUGCCAUGGGCCCCCGUACCGCGCUCCUCAUGCUGCUGCCAGGCCCCUAAUCUGCCAUGGGCCCCCGUACCGCCUCGUCACGCUGCUGCUAGGUCCCACAGUGUGUCAUGGGUCCCUGUACCGCCUCCAUUGCUGCUGUCUCCAUCGCCACACUCUGCCAUGUGCCACUUUCAGCUCUCCUCACACUCCUGCUGGUUUCCAUUUUGUCAUAGGUUGCUGGGCAGAUUACAGGCCUCCCAUAGGUGCUGCCAGGCCCCAAAUCUGCCAUGGGCCCCCGUACCGCCUUGUCACGCUGCUGCUAGGUCCACAGUGUGUCAUGGGUCCCUGUACCGCCUCCUAUUGCUGCUGUCUCCAUCGCCACACUCUGCCAUGUGCCACUUUCAGCUCUCCUCACACU